AAAAAGACGAACGAGAAAACGAAACCUUUCAUCACUGUGUUGUAUAAAAAGUAGUUGUUAGCAGUGGCUUUUUCUCUCAUGCGAAUCUUUCUUCUUCUUCUUCUUUUCUUUUCAUUCACCCAAACCCUAAAUAAGAUUCGUAACUGCAAAACCAAAACAAAAACCCUAAAGGAAUGGCCCUAUCCCGUGGAUCCAUCGUCACUCGAUCAGUGUGGUCCUCUAAUUUGGAAUCGGAGUUCGAGUUAAUCCGAUCCGUCAUAGACUCUUUCCCUCUUAUAUCGAUGGACACCGAGUUCCCCGGUGUGGUUGUGCGCCCCGACACCGGUGACCCCUCUUUUCGCCACCGAGAACCAGCCGCGCACUACGCCGUGCUUAAAGCCAACGUCGACCGCCUCCACCUGAUCCAGAUCGGUCUUACUCUCUCCGAUCAAGUGGGAAACCUUCCCACACUCGGCACCUCCAACGGCUUCGUCUGGGAGUUCAACUUCCGAGACUUCGACGUCUCGCGUGACGCCCAUGCUCACGACUCCGUCGAGUUGCUACGGCGUCAGGGCAUCGAUUUUGAGAAGAAUCGGGAGUUUGGGAUCGACUCGGUCCGGUUCGCCGAGCUUAUGAUGUCCUCUGGUCUGGUCUGUGAUGACCCAGUUAGUUGGGUGACGUUUCACAGUGCAUAUGAUUUCGGGUACCUGGUGAAAUUGUUGACCCAGCGCGCUCUGCCGGAGGAAUUGGCAGAAUUUCUCCGCCUGGUGAGGGUUUUUUUCGGUGACAGAGUUUUUGAUGUGAAACACUUGAUGAAGUUCUGCUCAAAUCUUCAUGGAGGUUUGGACCGAGUAUGCCAAUCGCUGAAUGUGGAAAGAGUUGUGGGGAAAAGCCACCAGGCUGGUUCCGAUAGCUUGCUCACCCUGCACGCUUUUCAGAAUAUAAGGGAGGUUUAUUUUGGCAAGGCUGAUGGACUUAUUCAGUAUGCUGGUGUCUUGUAUGGUUUGGAGGUUUUCUAAUUUUCUCGUAUGAAAUAAUAUAUCAGCUUGGUGUAGGUUGCUUUUUCAUCGUUAGUUGUAAAGCUUACAUAUUAUGGUUUAUCAAUGUCAUUAGGAGUUAUUAAUUUUUUUUUUUUGGGUUCUGUUUCACCUGCAUGUAUUAGUAGGAGGCAACGCAUUGUUGACUGAGUGUGUUAACAUAUAGAAUUAGAGUAUGGUCUUUGAUUAGAUAAUAUAUACAAGUCUUAAUUUCUGAACGGAGUGAUAAUUUUGCAUCUCCCUCCUUAUCUAUUUUC